AUGGCUACGGACUCGAACUGGCUCCACUUUGCCGCAAACCCACCCAAGCGAAAGCGUGCGGAGCUGGUCUGCAUUGCUUGCCAUUCGAAGAAGAUCAAAUGCGAUAUUCAGAGCCAGCGAAGCCAAGAAAUCAAUGCAUGUACAAAUUGCUCCAACUCUGGUCGAGAAUGUCGCAUUCGCCCUUCGAAACGUGAGAGGAGGCGUCGACCUCGAAGAGAUGGCGAGACCCAAGAUGCUACAGCCCCUAGAUACCCAUCCCCUUCUCAAAUUACAAAUGGCGUGGAUGCUUUGCUUGCUGCUGAUGCCACAUUCCAGGAGUUCACGGCUCCGAACACGACGUCGAACGCAGCUGCUAUCGACCCAAACUUGAAUCGUACUGAUCAAUCUCCAACCUCUCUCCACUAUCCUAGGGCCAUGGACUUUCGGCCGAACCCAUCCCCGGGGAACCUUGUCCACAUUCUUCAAAACGACUCCCCUGCGCGACGUUCCCAAGUCAGCAAUGGUCACACGGACUCUACUCCAACCCAGCUCGGCGAUGUUGACACUGGAUUUCUUCAAGUUUAUGGACCGGAGAACCAGUUCGACGCCGAAAAUCAGGCACUUGUGGCCCAGCUAGAACAUCGAUAUAGCUCCGAACUUCAACCAGACCUCCAGCAAAUCUUUACGGAGACCUACUUCGAAUACUGCUACCCUUGGUGCCCGGUGUUAGACCGGGCCACUCUGUCUGCCGAGAUAUCGCGAUCUCCCCUCCUGGCAAAUGCACUUGCACUAGCAGCCAGCCACGUACAACCACCGCUACUUCCGCAUGAUGGCCCCGAAGCCUACUACAAGAAAGCUCGCACAAUAUUCUACGAGGAUGAAGAAGCAGACAUUAUCACGUCUCUUAAAUCCCUAUGUUUAUUCUAUUGGUGGGCUCCGCAAGCUCCAUCUAGAGUACACCGGCAUUCUUCUUGGUGGUGGACUUCAGUAAUCAUUAGACAUGCUCAGCAGAUGAACAUUCAUCGUGAAACUGUCCUUAGUCAUCCCCAUAGUGAGAGGUUAGAUCUUAGUCUUCGACGGAGAAUCUGGUGGACUGUCUUUGCUCGUGAGAGAUUAACGGCUCUGUGUCAAUCCAAACCGGCUAUUAUUGAUCCCGAUGACUGCAGUAUGAAGCAACCAACUCUGGGUGACUUUCCAAUCGACCCGCAAAGUCAGCGAAAAGGAGAGAUAUUCAUUCAGUGGGUACGUUUAUGCUCCAUCAUCGGGCGCAUCGCCAAGAUUCUAUCACGGUUAGAGAAGCCCUCAUCAGCACAGUUUCCAUACGAUCUUUGCGAAGAGCUUAUCGCAUGGGUUUAUUCCCUCCCUCCACAUCUCCGUCUACGCAUCGACUCGGCCCGUACAGAAUCAUUCGAUCGCGAUGUGCAUCAAUUGCACCUACCCUACCUUACUACCAUUAUUGUCCUUCAUCUCAAGCGAUCUGGUGGAAAUCUUCCACAAGCCUUACCACCCGCUAUUCUAGCUGCUUCUUGUUCAGCGCGGAUUUUAAAGGACAUCUUAGCCCGCGGGAACUCGCGAUUCCUGAUGGCUAUCACGUGCUGGCACGUUGCAACAGCUUUCAUCGCGCUCCUCCAGGCUUGUCGAAUAGACCAUCUUUCAAAGUACGCGAAUGAAGACCUAGAUAUCCUUACGCACACUGUCAAACAGCUCCAGAAAAUGUGGGCGUCCGCAAAUGUCAUUUCCCAGGGCUUCGAUCGUCUGCGUGGAACUGAUAUGUCAUCUGUAAUUGCAGCUGACAAUGGUGGACCGCAAAUCGGUGCAGGAAGCAUUUCUCAGCUUAGUCUCCAACACACGGAUGCGGGAUUCCCCACGACUUCUGGAGACAUGGGGGGAUCUUCACUCCCAAAUGGGCAUUCCCUUCCUGAGGAUGACGACUUUGACUGGAUGCGCUUCUUUCCCUUUGUAACUAAGUCAACAAAUGGAAUCGCGCAGAGUUUAAUAUCUGGGAGAGAGCAUGGAACUGCUACCCGAGGAUUUCCGUCGCCAAAUAAUGAGGUAUUCCACGACACAUUGCUGGCGCAAUAUCAAGAUCUUUUUGACCCUUUCACGGAGUAUAACAUGAACAUGCCAAAUUCAGUUUUUGAUCCUUGA